AUGAAAGUUAUAAGAGACCACGAUGUUAAGGCUUUUCUAAAUAAGGAAUUGACCAAGGAAUCCAUCGUAAACCAGUUCUUGCCAGUAUUGGCACGUGGGUUGUCUUCAUACGCAUCCAAUCCAAACGGCAUUGUCCCCCCACGUACUGUACAACCAUCAAACAACUCGGAGUCCGACACAACACAUGUAUUUAUGCCAUGCAUUUCACCAAAUGAAGUAGGCUUGAAAGUUAUCACCGGUGGUCCAUCAAACAAUGCAAAAGGAUUGGGAUUUCAAGGAUCCGUGAUUAUUUUGAACGAGAUUACUGGUGAGUUGGACGCUGUCAUCAACGCCGCUUGUUUAACUGCAUUUCGAACCGCAUUGGCAAGUGUUCUUGGGCUCACCAGGGUGUUGCCUGUUGAUUCGGAGACCACAUUACCCGAAUUGUGCGUUUUCGGAGUUGGACAACAAGCUUACUGGCAUGUCAAGUUGGCAUUGCUUUUAUACAGAGGCAAGAUUAGUCGGGUAAGCAUAUUGAACAGAACGUUGAAAAAUGCCGAGAGGUUGAGAGAUGAUUUGGUUAAAGAGUUUGUUGAUGUUGACUUUGAAGCUUUCCUGUUUGAAGAUGAAGAAAAAUUUAGGCCGCACAUUGAAAAUAGUGGGAUCAUCUUUGGUUGUACUCCAUCUACAUCUGCAGUAAUUAAACAGGACUAUUUAAACAAGAACCCAAAGUUCAAAAAAUUUAUAUCGUUAAUUGGAUCGUACAAACCCAACAUGAUUGAAUUGGACUUGGAUUUCAUGCACCACCUCAAGAAAGAUGGGGUCAACGUUAUUGUUGAUUCGAAAGAGCAUACAUUGCACGAAGCUGGGGAGUUGAUACAAUCGGGCUAUACGAGCAACCAGUUGAUUGAGCUUCACGAGUUGUACGAUGUAGAAGAUUUUAACUCCGUUACCGAUUCAUAUGGAAUUACCGUGCAAAAAAUCGUUGGAUUAUCCAUAAUGGACUUGUGCAUGGGCAAGUAUAUAUAUGAUAAGAUUGGAGAAAAUGCAGUGAUUGUGAAUGACUUUUGA